UUGACUCCUUUCUCCUCCACGCAAGCCUAAGCCCUCUCGCUCCGCCGCGCGGCCCGAAACUUCCUCCCUCAUCCGAAACUCUUUAGUCAUUUAUAUAUCUCCUCGCUCCUCCUUCUUCUCCAUAUAGAUCUCUCAGUCUUUCUUCUCAAAGCAGAGACUUUUACACUUUACAGCUUAGUCAGUUACAGUUUACAGAUAUGGGAAGGUCAAGAGACGCUGAAGCAGAGCUCAACUUACCCCCGGGCUUCCGCUUCCACCCCACCGACGAGGAGCUCGUCGUCCAUUACCUUUGCCGCAGAACGGCGCAGCAGUGUCUUCCAGUUCCGAUAAUCGCCGAGGUCGAUUUGUACAAGUAUAAUCCUUGGGAUCUUCCAGAUAAGGCGAUGUUCGGGACAAAGGAGUGGUAUUUCUUCACGCCGCGGGAUCGGAAAUAUCCCAACGGGUCUCGGCCGAAUCGCGCCGCUGGACGCGGGUAUUGGAAGGCCACCGGGGCAGACAAGCCGGUGGCGCCUGCGCGGAGCGGUAGGGCGGUGGGGAUCAAGAAAGCUCUGGUUUUUUACGACGGGAAGGCGCCGAAGGGAGUAAAGACGGAUUGGAUCAUGCAUGAGUAUCGACUUGCUAAUGUCAAUCGCAGCGCGAAGUCCAACGGAAGCUUAAGGUUAGAUGAUUGGGUGCUCUGUCGAUUGUAUAAUAAGAAGAAUAACUGGGAGAAGAUGGCGACAAGUUCGAUGGAGGAGAACGAGGAUGCGAAGUCAGAGAGCUUGAGGACGCCGGAAUCAGGGAUUGAGAUGCCGGAUCUCGAUGAAUUUGGCGACGCUGGAUUUGGUCUGGAGAUGCAGGUGGAGGCUUCUCCGGCGAUUAAGGAGGAUUAUGAUUGGUACUCGGAUUUGAAUUUGGGGGAUUUGCAGAGUAAUUUGGGGGAUUUUCAGGUGCCGGUGGUUGAUUUUUCGAAUCAAGAUUACUUCUUUUUUAACUUUGAUUCACCGAAGAAUCGUGCGGUUUCAAACUUGACUUCGUUUUGAAGAGAAACUGCAAUGGGCAAUGGAAUUUGUAUAUAAUUUUUGAACCGUGGAUGUGGUGUUGUGCUAGAUUCUUUCAUUACAGUAGUCAGUAGGAUCAGUUCUUCUUUCCAGCCAAAAUCACAGAGAGAGAGAGAGAGAGAGAGAGAGAGAGAGAUUGACAUGUAGCCUGAACAAGCAAUCUAUCAUUGAAA